AUGUUAAAGAUUGCGAGACGCGGAAGAAGUUUAUCUUUGAGAUGUUAUAUAUCCAUAACAUGCGCAUGUAUGUUUCAUCUAUGGAUCUGUUAUAUAAAGUUUCGACGGAGCAUGCAUCAAUCUCAACGGGUUCUCGUCUAUCAGUUCAAUUAUCCUUACAACAGCCAGAAGAGUCCGAACUACGAAAUUACCUUUCUCAUUCAACUUUGUGGUGGCCUAUUAGUUGCUUUAACUAACUGUACUAUCGACAGCUUCGUUUCGAUGUUCUUGCUACACGUGUGCGCACAACUGAUAAAUCUACGGGUAGCGCUUAAUAACACAGUUGACAAAUUAGUCAAUAGAACCAUGUCCACUUUGAAAUUUAAAGAAGGUCUAAUUGCAAUUGUUUUACGACACGAACAUCUCAUCAGAAAUGCGAAGACAAUUAACGACUGCUAUAGCAGAGUGUUAUUUCUACAAAUGCUAGCCGCUGCCUUUCAGCUGUGUUCUCAAACUUUUCAGAUAUACACGAUGAUAACAGACCAUGCCUCAGACACACCUAUUCUCAAACUAGUUUUUCUCUUUUUUUACGCCUGCCUUGUGUUGACACACUUCUACUUUUAUUGUUAUGCUUCUGAAAAACUUAUAACGGAGAGCACCUAUAUGGCGUACGGCGUAUAUCAAUGCAAGUGGUACGAUUUGCCAUCGAAGGACGCAAGGGAUUUAAUGAUUAUCGUAUAUCGAUCUAGGAUUCCACUUAAAUUAACAGCUGAAAGUUUCGGAAUUUUUUCAAUGGAGUUGUUUGGAAAUACACUAAAGACAUCGAUGGGAUAUUUAUCUGCAUUGCUUACAAUAAAAGACGGAUAAUAGAAAGGAAAUAAUCUUAAAAAUAGUACAGGAUUUUGCAUAAUUGAUUACUAUGCAUUUUCGGAUAAUUAUAUA